AGCAGCACCAAACUCAGCCCAGCUCAACUCAGCUCCCACUCAAUACAAUUAAGGCGGACUUCAGGCGACUCUCCUACCUACGUGUUCAUCUAGCAAGGAUCGACGUUGAGACAACAGGAACCAGAGAGAAAGAGGGGCUUUGGUCCAACAAAAAAAACAGGAGAGAUUGCCUUCUAAUUUCUCCCCUCUCCAACAGCCCAAGAACAAUGUCGAUGAGCCCUAGGCAUACGACUCCUUUUUCUGUUUCCGAUAUCUUGAGUCCUCUUGAGGAGAGCUACAAGAAAGUAAGUAUGGAGAAUAACAACUUGGGGUCACCUCUCGCGUCGUACCGUCAGCCGCAGGUGUCUCAGGCGAUGAUGCAGCAGCACCACAUGGGCCAUAACGGUACGGUGUCCGCGGCAUACCAUAUGACUGCGACGGGGGUGUCCCAGCUGUCACACACCGCAAUGGGGGGCUACUGUAACGGCAACCUGGGGAACAUGAGCGACCUGACGCCCUACCAGGACGGCAUGAGAGGCAGCGCCACGGCCGCUGGCUGGUACGGAGCCAACACAGACCCGCGAUUCUCCACGAUCUCGCGCUUCAUGGGUUCUUCUUCGGGCAUGAACAUGGGCAGUAUGGGCAGCCUUGGCUCGCUAGUAGACGUGGGGAAAGGCAUGGGCCCGCUCUCGAGCACCCCGAGAAGGAAGAGGCGCGUGCUGUUCUCUCAGGCUCAGGUCUACGAGCUCGAGCGGCGAUUCAAACAACAGAAGUACCUAUCGGCGCCUGAGAGAGAACACCUGGCGAGCAUGAUCCACCUCACCCCGACCCAGGUCAAAAUCUGGUUUCAGAACCACCGAUAUAAAAUGAAGAGGCAAGCGAAGGACAAAGUGUCGCAGCAGCAGAUGCAACAGGACAGUAGUUCCUGUCAGCAGCAUUCCCCUCGGCGGGUGGCUGUGCCUGUGUUAGUGAAAGACGGCAAGCCAUGCCAAGGCAGUGCCCACACUCCCACCACUACUGUCCAGGCCCACCACCAACAAGGUGCCAAUGUUAUGAUCAUGUCCAGUAACGGUUCAGGCCUAGGUCAGCACCAGAGCCAACAGGUGGGUAGUGCAGAUCACUCUCCAGACCUAGCACAACACUCCGCCAGCCCACCGUCUCUCCAGACCCAGGUAGCCGGCCUCUCUCACCUGAACUCCUCCAGCGCCGAUUACGGGACGGCCCUGCAGUGCUCUGCUCUGUUAUAUGGCAGGACAUGGUGAUCUGUUAUGCCGCAGGACAUGGUGAUCUGUUAUGCCGCAGGACAUGGUGAUCUGUUAUGCCGCAGGACAUGGUGAUCUGUUAUGCCGCAAGACAUGGUGAUCUGUUAUGCCGCAGGACAUGGUGAUCUGUUAUGCCGCAGGACAUGGUGAUCUGUUAUGCCGCAGGACAUGGUGAUCUGUUAUGCCGCAGGACAUGGUGAUCUGUUAUGCCACAGGACAUGAUGAUCUGUUAUACGGCAGGACAUGGUGAUCUGUUAUAUGGCAGGACAUGGUGACAAACUAUGAUCAAACACAUAUACAACACUGCUCUCAAAGCUUUUUCAGCAAAGUCACUCAACAGACACGCAAACAAACAAACAAAUUGUACUUUGUGUACAUUUUUAACAACACCAUUUGGUGAAUUUUAGUUCAUGCUCUUCUAAAAUGUAAUUGGAUAUGAGGACAGUAAGUGGAGACGAAAGAAACUCGACAGAUGAAGUUAUGAGGAUAUGCGAGUUCAAUCUUCGCUUUGAAGGUGUAUUUCUUAUUUCUGUAAAUUAUACUGACGCUGUACAGGGCUAGUCCUACAUCAAGAGGUCAUAGGCCCUACUCCUGUGUGUUGGUCAUUGGGCUAAAGAUCUCAAUAGAAAAACUGUGGGUGCUUUUCAUUUUUUUUCACAGAAGGCUCUGGUUUAUAAUAGAAUUUAAUGUAAAACGUAGCUUGUAUAUUUCUGUAAAAGGUUUGAAUUGAAUAUAUAGUUUUUAGCAAUCUGUUGUACAAAGUUUUUAGCGCUAUUAAUAGUUUGUGGUUGGUUCUUUGAGUUCCAUCGGUAUUUGUACGUUUUAUUUACUUGUAACUUAUAUAGAUAGAUAUUACUUAAAUACAGCCAAACAAUCCUAUUAAUUAUGGUAAUAAAAUUCAUUCAGAUCCA